AUGAGUCGGCGCCGCUCAUGGACACCUGCUACACCACCAUUCGUAAAUCCUGGACGAAUUGCCGGGCUUUUGGAGUAUGGUCUAGGGUUUCAAAUAUUUUGGGAUUGGGGAGGGAUCGGGGUGAAAGGUUUCGGUUUCCGGUCACGACGAAACUAUCCAUUCGUGCCGAAGCUUGACUCUUCCACAAUUUUUUAUUUCCGCCUCUAUCUUGCCUGGUUGUACCUAAGCGAUGAUGGAAAAGCGCUUAGCGCUGCGGUUCGGAAACUCGAACCAAAACGCUUCGUGCGAGCGUGUAACACGUUAUUUGUCCUAAUUGUCGGUGGCAAGUCCGUCCGACUUGCCACCAGUUUUCGAAGCUUCGGAGUCAGGCUUUACAAGCGCAUCAUCGUUGAUGAGCCUCUUGGAAAUUUGAAAUGGUGCAUCUGA